AUGGCGCGGAGGCACAGCGGGCAGUUUCUGCUUUUGGCCAGCCAGGUGUCUAUACACCCCACGUGGAAGAAGUGCCCGCAGCUCAAAACCCUCACGAGGUCUUCGCCGCAAAAGUCGCAGAGGCAAAUCACGCAGCCGCUGAAAGUCGAGGCCAGCCCGCUGCAGCAGCAGCAGCAGCAGCAGCAGCAGCAGCAGCAGCAGCAGCGGAGGUGCAGCAGCAGCCGCGGCGGCGGCAGGCGCGCGGCAGCAAAGCGCCAGCAGCAACGCCGGCGGCAGCCAGAGCCAGCAAAGCAGCAGCAGCAGCAGCAGCAACAGCGGCGCCAGCAAAGCAGCAGCAGCAGCAGCAGCAGCGCCAGCAAAGCAGCAGCAGCAGCAGCGGCGCCAGCAAAGCAGCAGCAGCAGCGGCGCCAGCAAAGCAGUAGCAGCAGCAGCAGCAGCAGCGGCGCCAGCAAAGCAGCAGCAGCAGCAGCAGCAGCAGCGGCGGCACCAAAGCAGCAGCAGCAGCAGCAGCAGAGAGAGUGGUGUGAGAAGAUGGGAAGAGGGAGUGCUCCGGGCGUGGGGUACACAGCGCGAGAAUAG